CAUGGGGGAGAGAUGAUAAAAAGGGGGACUUUGUUUGGUCUUUUGGAUGUGUAGCGCUUGGGCUUAGUAUUCCAGGUUCCUUCUGCUUUGAACUUUGAUUUGGGUUUCUUUGUAGGGAACAGUUCUCUCUCAGCUUCCAGUUUUCUCCUUCUACUGAGGCCCUUAAAAUUACGAGUCUCUUUUACUCUAGUGGGUCUAUGCCCUAACACCCCCACCCCUCCUCGCUUUUAUGUUUUAUCUCUACAUCUUUGUCUUUCCCUUUAGAAAAGAGAGAAUAGACAACACAAACGUGUGUCUCUUUGUGUGAGAAACAAGGACAACUGAAAAAGAGAGAGACAGUGAGAGCAAUAAGGAUCUGUUUAAUCCUGAUAAACAUGGCAUUAGAGGCAGUAGUUUACCCUCAAGACCCAUUUACUUAUGCUUGCAAGGACUUCUACCUUGUGGGAGGGGGAGCUUGGGGCUAUGACUUCUGCUUCCAAGAAGAAGAUAAAGCCCUUCUUGGAAUUCUUGACAACAACAUAGAGCAAGGGAGUAGUCCUCAUCUCCAUGCAAAUUGGGACUCCUCAUCUACUUCGGUCAUGCAACAUGCACAGGAAUGGGAUCCUUAUUCUUCACCUGAAGCUUGCACUGUUGAUCAAUCUCUCCCUGGAGGAUCAUUCCCUCCGAUGGAAGCUCCAGCAGCUGCCGCAGCAACAGCAACAACGACGACGACGAACAGUAGGCGAAAACGUCGUCGCACCAGGAGCAGCAAGAACAAAGAAGAGCUAGAGAAUCAAAGAAUGACUCAUAUUACUGUCGAACGCAAUCGCCGGAAACAAAUGAAUGAGUACCUCACUGUGCUCAGAUCUUUGAUGCCACCUUCUUAUGUUCAAAGGGGUGAUCAGGCAUCGAUUAUUGGCGGAGCGAUUAAUUUUGUUAAGGAAUUAGAGCAGCUUUUGCAGUCCAUGGAGGCUCAUAAGAGGACUACUCAGCAACCAGAACACAAUGGCUACUCUUCACCGUUUGCUGAGUUUUUCACCUUUCCACAAUUCUCAACUCAUGCAACUCAGUGCAACAACCCCCAGUCCAUGGCAGCUGAGCCAAUGGCAGCCGCCGAAAGCGUGGCGGACAUAGAAGUGACCAUGGUGGAGACCCAUGCCAACCUCAAGAUACUCUCAAAGAAACGACCCAGGCAGCUCCUGAAACUGGUUGCUGGUUUGCAAAGCCUAAGGCUUACCAUUCUCCACCUCAAUGUCACAACUGUUGAAGAAAUGGCUUUGUAUUCAAUUAGCGUCAAGGUUGAGGAAGGAUGCCAUCUGAACACUGUUGAUGAAAUUGCAGCUGCUGUUAAUCAAAUGCUGCGCGGAAUCCAAGAAGAAGCUGCUUUUAGCUGAGUCAUGAAAAGCCCUGAUUAUGAUUUUGUCCUGCUGUGAUUGGGGUUAGUUGUGAUCUGACUUCCAAAACUGGAUGGAUCGAAGGGAUUCCAUUGUUCUUUGCUCUUUAAUUUAAUUUCUUCAAGUUGCAACCUUUUUCCCCCUUCUUGUAUUUUGGAGAUAUACAGUGUAGUGUGUACAAUGCUUUUCCUAAUGUUGGGCAUAUUUGCCUUGCCUUCUAAUGGAGGCUUGGACAAACCAAAUUAUGUGCCUUAUUAUUAGUACAGGAAAAAAAAACAAAUUGCCAUAAACUGUGCUCCACUGCUACAGUACAGAAAAUAGACAGAAUCCUGUUGCAAUGGCGUCUUUCCCUUAAAGUUUCAUGGUCAAAUAAAAACUAAGACAGGAUUCCCAGAUCUUCCGGCCGGCUUCUUUUGACAAGAUAACUUAUUUUGUAGUUAAGUGCCACAUGAAGAGGAUACCCCUUUUUUUGACAAAUUGCUAGUAUACAUGCCUUAGAAUUGUGUGAGAAAUGGGCUCCUUCUCCUUCUUUUAUUGACAUGUAAGUUGAUCUUUUCUAUAGUUGGGAGAAGACAGAUCUGAAAUUUGAGUAUCAUUUUCGAAACGUAAGGUAAAUCCCAUAUGAU